GACGUCACUGUCAAAUAUUGACAACUGUCAAACGACGUCAAAACAAAAGCACGUUGUUGUUUUUUAUUGUGCGUAAAUAAAUUAAUAUAUCUUAAACAUGGCUCAAGGCAAAUUAAAAGUCAAGAGUAAGUUACCUGCUGGUGCGAAAUCAAAGAAGAAUAAGGCUAAGGCAGGCAAAGCGGUGACGAAGCGUCCAAACGCGCCUGUUAAAAGCAAGUCUGCGGCCGAAAGGAAUAAGAUGAAGACGAAUGUGUCUAAGAUGGUGAAUGCUGCAGCUGAGCAGCAGUUACGAGCCCUGGCUACCACCACGCCGCAGUUGUCGGAGGCACAAAAGCGAGUCGCCGCGGCUCCCACAGCGCCGGCACCUGCGAAAUAACCUAUAAAAAUAUACUGCAACUCGUGUUAAGUCUACCAGUGCUGGUAAAUAUGUGAUUCAAAAGCUACAGAUACAUUGUGUAGCAUGUUAUACAGUUCAAAUGCGUUAUUUGUUACAAAUUCAGUUACUUAUUGUGAAGAAUU